GCGGGGGGCAACCGAGGCCCGGCGGGAGGAUGUCGGUGAAUUAUGCCGCCGGCCUUUCUCCCUACUCCGACAAGGGCAAGUGCGGGCUCCCUGAGAUUUUUGACUCCCCAGAGGAGCUGGAGAGGAAAGUGCGGGAGUUGGCCCAGCUGGUGCAGGAAUCGUCCAAUGUGGUGUUCCACACUGGGGCAGGCAUCAGCACGUCGUCGGGCAUUCCAGACUUCAGGGGCCCGCAUGGGGUGUGGACAAUGGAAGAACGUGGCUUGGAACCCAAAUUUGACACUACCUUUGAGAGUGCCAGGCCCUCUAAGACCCACAUGGCCCUGCUGGAACUGGAGCGUGUUGGUAUCCUGAAGUUCCUGGUGAGCCAAAAUGUGGAUGGCUUGCACGUGCGCUCUGGAUUCCCCAGGGACAAACUGGCAGAGCUCCACGGGAACAUGUUUGUGGAGGAAUGUGUUAAGUGCAAGAAGCAGUACGUGCGUGAUGCCGUGGUGGGCAGCAUGGGACUCAAGGCAACGGGUCGGCUGUGCAGCGUGGCGAAGGGUCGUGGCCUCCGGGCCUGCAGAGGAGAGCUACAUGACACCAUCUUAGACUGGGAGGACUCCUUGCCAGACCGGGACCUCAGCCUUGCAGAUGAAGCGUGCAGGAACGCCGACCUGUCCAUCACCCUGGGCACCUCGCUGCAGAUCAAGCCCAGCGGCAAUCUUCCCCUCAUCACCAAGCGCAAAGGUGGCAAGCUGGUCAUCGUCAACCUUCAGGCCACCAAGCACGACCGCCAGGCCAACCUGCGCAUCCACGGCUACGUCGACGAGGUCAUGACCAAGCUCAUGAAGCACCUGGGCCUGGAGAUCCCGGAGUGGCGGGGGCCGCGGGUGGUGGAGCGCUCCCUCCCAAAACGCGAACUGGGCCCCGGAGCGGAGGACGCGGGAAGCAAAGGGGUGAAGCCCGAACCCCCUGAGUCCGCCGUGGCCCCCUUGGCCCCUAAGAGGGUGAAAGUGGAACCCCUUCCCACCUGACGAAGAGACACAAGGCGGGGAGUUAGA